AAAAAAAGGAGAAAAAAUAUUGUCGAUUCAAUCUUUGCUGCGUCGCUGCAUAUCAAUUAAAACUUUUCAAGAGCAUUUCCAGUUCUAUCGUAACUCACCGUCUAUCGUUGCACACACACACACACACAUCCUGGUUUUUAGGUUGCGUGGCUCAACAAGUGUGUGUGAGGACUUUUCGUAUAGCCCCGUUUCGUCAUUUUUUGUAUUGGGAAGGAGGUGAUCGCAUGUUUUUCUUUUUUACUCUCGUAAGGCAGGAAACGAGGAAAGAGAGAGUUUAUGGUGCGGGAAAACGUGCUCUUUUGUCCCCAUUGCCGACGUUUAUCUAUAACAUUCUUUUUUCACUCUAUUGAUCGUUAAUUUCGCUCCGUCUUAUUGUUGAUUGGAAGUUUGGUAAGAUUCGAGAGAAAAGAGAGUUCUCUAUUGCUUACAAAAGUUGGCCAAGGUUACACUACUUUCAUGCAUAAGGUCUCUAGUUGUUUUUUAAGGUGUUGAGUUUCGAUGCAGAUUUUCUGCCAUCACACCUGUCAGUAUGGGGUGGAUGAACCACUUGGAUCGUCUAAUUAGGGGAAAGCAAGCUCCUUUGGUUAGAAACCGAACAAUAAAUGUUGGCAGCAAGUCUCACUCACCUUUAGAAAAUGCACUGAGUGGAACAAGUAGGGGUGAAGUAUUUGUGGAUAACAGGGUUGUGUCAGCAAAGUACACAGUAUGGAACUUCAUCCCCAAAAAUCUUUUUGAGCAAUUUAGGCGUAUUGCCAACUUUUACUUUCUCUGCAUUGCAAUAAUUCAAAUGUCCAUUGACAGUCCAGUAAACCCUGCAACGAGUUCACUGCCAUUGGUUUUUGUGAUAACAGUGACUGCAAUCAAGCAAGGGUACGAAGAUUGGCUAAGGCACAGGAAUGAUAGAGAAGUGAAUCUGAGAUUGGUAGAUGUUGUUCAACAAGGAUCAAUACAGCAAGUACAAUCACAAAACAUUCACGUCGGAGAUAUCGUGCGAGUGAAACGUGACGAAAGUUUUCCCUGUGAUCUGGUGCUCAUUUCAACCUCAAAUAAUGAGGGUAAAUGUUAUAUUACCACUGCUAAUUUGGACGGUGAAACGAAUUUAAAGACACAUUACUGUCCUAAGGAAACAAGACAGCUGAAGACUACUGAACAGCUAUCUGCCUUUUCGGCGUGCAUCGAAUGUCAAAAUCCCACUCCCGAUCUUUACAAGUUUAUGGGAACUUUGAAAAUCUUUGGUGAUGCUGAUAUCGAGAACCCACAACUGUUGACGAAGGUAUCGCUUGGCUUGGAAAACACGCUCCUUCGUGGCGCCAGACUCAAAGACACUGAAUUCAUUUAUGGAUGCGCUGUUUACACUGGACAAGACACGAAAAUGGCACAGAAUUCCAAAUUGACCAGCAAUAAAUUUUCAACGGUUGAAAAGACAAUGAAUAUGUUCCUCUUGUUUUUUCUCUCGAUUCUCGUGGUAGAGAUUUCUGUCUGUACUGCCCUGAAGUACAAGAUGUGGUUCUCGCCUACUAUAGCUGAUGCGUGGUAUUUGAACGCCAAUCAUUCAGCUCCAGUGAGGGAUGUGUUGCAGGACGUCUUCUCCUUUCUCGUCGUCUUCAACUACAUUAUUCCCAUUUCUCUCUAUGUCACCUUGGAAAUGCAAAAAUUUAUUGGAAGUCUGUUCUUCGCUUGGGACGAAGAAUUGCGUUGUCCCAUUACCGGUGAGAUUCCAAUUUGUAAUUCGUCAGAUUUGAAUGAAGAGUUAGGACAAGUUCAAUACCUUUUUACCGAUAAGACCGGUACUUUAACCGAAAACAACAUGGAAUUCCGCCAAUGCUCCAUUGCUGGACUAAAGCACAUGGAAAAAGAAGGCGAUCUCUUUGCCGCUCUUGAUAACAGCGCAAGACAUUUCAAUCCUGUUCAUCACUUUACUGCUUAUCUUGAAGAAUUUUUCGUUGGUUUGGCGCUAUGCCAUACAGUGCAGGUAAGCAUCCCCACCAGUAGUAAACGGGAAGAAGUGGUUAGUUCUCAUCCGGGAUACGUCAACAACACCUUUCAUCCCGAUCACUUUGACUAUACUUAUCAAGCGUCUAGUCCAGAUGAAAAAGCUCUCGUCGAAGCUUGUCGGAGGUUGGGAAUUGUCUUUCAUGGGGAGGAAGAUGGUUUGAUUCGCCUUACUGUAUUUGGCCAAGAUCGGUAUUAUCGCCGGCUUCAGGUGCUCGAGUUUGACUCGAAUCGCAAGCGAAUGUCAACCAUUGUUCUGUUCCCAGAUGAUAGUAUCUGGCUUAUUUGCAAAGGUGCUGAAAGCACGAUAAUUCCCAAUUGUAUUGGUGGUCCAAUCAGCCAAACUCUUGAACAUAUCAACGAUUAUGCACUUCUGGGAUUGCGGACCUUGGCGAUAUCAGCCAGGCAACUUACUUCUGAGCAAUAUGGGGACAUGAUGGAAAAAUUAAACGAAGCUAGACAGAUGAUGGUUGACCGAGAAUUAUACGUUAGCCAGAUCUUUGAUGUUAUCGAGAGUGACAUGACUCUUCUAGGUGCUACCGGAGUUGAAGAUCAACUUCAGGACGGUGUAGCAGAAACGCUCGAGGCUCUCAGGGCCGCCGGGAUCAAGGUUUGGGUCUUGACUGGCGACAAGCUGGAAACGGCCAUUAAUAUCGCCUACUCGUGUGGGCAUUUUAAACGGGGAAUGCAGUUAUUGACACUUACUGCACAGACCUCACCCGCAGAAUGCCAAGAGACAUUGUGGAGAUUAAGACGACGUAUUUGGGAUGAACCAAUUCAAAAUUUUGGCUUCGUCGUCGAUGGUGAAUCUCUUGCUCAUUCUCUCAGAGAGCAUAGACAACUUUUAUCUGAAGUUUGCAGUCAUUGUAAUACGGUUGUUUGCUGUCGAAUGUCUCCCAUCCAAAAAGCAGAAGUGGUGAAAGUUGUGAAAGGGUUCUCCUCCAAACCUAUUACAGCUGCUAUUGGUGAUGGAGCCAAUGACGUCUCAAUGAUCCAAGAGGCCCAUGUAGGAAUUGGUAUUAUGGGUAAAGAAGGGCGACAGGCUGUUCGGUGCUCAGAUUUCGCUUUUGCGAGAUUCCGUUUUCUGCGGCGAGUGCUACUUGUUCAUGGCCACUGGUAUUACUGGCGGGUCUCUACUCUUGUUCAGUACUUUUUCUACAAGAACAUUACCUUCAUUACUCCGGCGGUCUUUUUCGCCAUCUUCAGCGCUUAUUCCACGCAGCCGAUUUAUGAUACGUUUUUCCUGACGUUUUACAAUAUCUUUUUUACAUCGUGGCCUAUUUUGAUUUUUGGUCUCCUCGAGCAAAACUUUACCUCUCGUCAGUUGCUCGAAAAUCUCCAUCUCUACAGGGACAUUGCCAACAACGCUCGUAUGAGUUGGUUUCAGUUUUUCAAGUGGACACUUUUAGGUCUCUGGCAUUCCGUGGUCAUCUUUUUCGGCUGUAUACUUCUUUGGGAAUCGGAUACGCCUUUCGAUUCGCGCGGUCUCACUAUGGACUUUUGGAGUUUUGGAACGCUAAUCUAUACUGGUGUCAUUGUCGUUGUGAGCUUGAAGUUGAUGCUUCAAUCUCGUCAUUGGACUGCCCCCUUUGUGAUCUCGAUCCUGCUCUCCGUUUUCGGAUUUAUGGGUCUCGCCUUUUUAUACUGUGGGAUCUCAGUCGACGCGCUGAAUAAUGGGCCGUUAAAAUGGGUUUACAUGAAUUUGCUCUCUACUGGACCUGUGUGGCUGUUCAUCGUUUUUGGAGUAGUGGUUGCUCUCUUGCCUGAUACUCUCAUCGGUGUGUGGGAAGCUUAUUCCGCUGGCGAAGGCGUCCUUGUCAAUCAGCGGUGUACCCCCGGUCAAGCACUUAGGCAACAGCUUGACCGAACCAUCUCGCUGCUCUCUCAGUCGCGAAGCGGCAAAUUACAAGUGACGCUGGAUCAAACUGCGGCCGACCAAAGUAUGCACCAAUCGGCGUCGUACGAACUGCGUAUUCAAAGGACUAGCGCUAGGAGAACGCCAGCAGGAUUGAACGGAGGUAUCGUCAGCGCAGAGUCGACCACAACCUAUCGACACUAACGUCCGUCACAGUGGUUUCGUGGGCUACUUCGUGGAGUCCAACUGGCGGCACUGCACCCGCCCCUACAGAUGAUCGUCUUUCCCGGUCUUGUGUCAAUUCUCCUCCGUUAUUCACGACCAUUGACAUUCAAUCGCCGUUUGCCAAGUCACAGGAGAAGGUCACCUUUCGAAUGCAAUAAGUAAAUAUCCCAACGACAUAUUUUCGGUGAGAAUGUUCUUUCCUGAACGAAAAAAAAGCGAAAAACAAACAAACGCAUAAAAAGUCACUUUUCACUGAUUAGUCCGGUGAUUGAUUGAACGAUUGGAUAAAACAAAUUAAACAUAAGUUAAAAUGUUCAUCGAUCCCGUGUUUACUGCUAGUCGUCCCGUCGGUAAACCAACUUGUUCUAUUUCGUUCCAAAAAAUGUUCUGUUAGGUAUGAAAUUGUGUGUGUCAUGUGCCUCUGUUGGUUGUGCCUUGAAUAACUGCCGCUCGUCAUUCCGCGUGUGCUUCCUAUCUGAAAAAUAGUAUAAAAUUGUGUUUUUUUUUCUCAUUUUACGUGCUAUACAUAUAAUCUAUACAGUUUUUGGCCGGGGCGAAAUGCAGAAUCUUUUUACAACGAUCAAUACAUUCUACUUUGAUUUUU